AUGAGUGCCUCUGAGUUAAAAGAAGAAAACUCACAAAUUGAUUGUCUAGAUAAUGAAACAACAUAUCAUCAUGAUACCUUGAAAAAAUUUUUAUCAGAAGAAUUUAAUAAAAUGAGUAAAGAUAAUGAUCAAUUGUAUGCUAAAUGUGAACUAACCGAAGCAAAUUUAUUUCAUUAUUUACGUUUACUGCGAUCAUACCUGACUGGCACAAAUUAUUCACUUGGUCAACAAAGCACCAUUAUCAAUAAUCCACUUUAUACUACUACUACUACUAAUGAUUGUAUAACACAUAUUACUGCUCAAACACAAUAUCAACAGAAUAAUUUCAAUGUGACCGAUGCAAUUGUACAUCAUUUCGCCAUAGAAAUCAAUGAUAAAUUAAUUCAGUCAACUAUAAAUAAUAAUAACAAUAUUCAUCCUUUUCUAAGUCUCAAUAAAAAUAUUGAAAAAGAAUUUCUAUUUGAAUUAAAUGAACUUGAAUUGGCUACAAGUAAUUUGUUAAAUUGUUGGGAAAUGAAAAGUCAUGAAAUUAACUAUUCAUCAUUAUGUCAACAAUUUUUCAAGGUAUUACUUAAUUUUUGUAUGAUUUCAAUAAAACUUUAUGAUUGCUAUUGUACUGGAGAAUUUGAUCAAUUUUCAAAUUUGAAUUUAAAUGAUUUACAAGUGAAAACUGAACAACAAAUGAUUGAUUUGUCGAAUGAAUUAAAACAUCGUAAAAUUCAAUUUGAUCAAUUCACUGAAAAAUUGGAACAACAGCAAUUAGAAAUUGAUAAUAAUAUGAAAAGGAAAGAAAUUAAUGAUCAGGCAACUUCAACAGAUGAUCUUGUUCAGACGAUCAUGAUGGAAAAUUCAAUUUUACCUGACUCAAGAUUCAUCAUGUCACAAAGAUCACCAAUUGAGGAAUCUCAAUCCACUGAACAUGAGCUUACCGUAGCUAAAUCAGAAAUAAAUCGAUUAUAUUCGUUGUUAUACGAUGUAUGUUUGAAUACAUCUACCGAACAAAAUGCACUUAAUCAUCAAGAUGAUUCAUCAAUCGAUAAAAUCAAUCACAGUCUACAUUCGUUUAUCGAUGGUUUAUUCAAAGAAAUUCUUCAAUAUUUGAAUAAAUCAACCUCAUCAUCAUCAUCUGUAUCAUUACUGAUACAACGCAUUCAUCAAUAUGUUACAUUGAAUAAUGAACUAAUUACUUGUAAUGAAUUUGAUAGUAGUAGUAUUUCUAAUCGUUUUAAACAUUUGCAUAUGUUUCUCAAUCGAUCUACAACUACUACUGAUGAUUACGAACAACUAAUGCAGGAUGAUAAUCAAAUUGAAAUGAAUUUACAAACUUCAUUAGAAACUGAAAGUAGAAUGUGUUAUGAAAAUUUAUACUUAAGAAAACAAAAUCAAUUGAAUACCAAGAUAAUUAGUGAAUUGACGCAAGAACUUCACUCACUGAACUCCUUAUUGAUUGAUUCGCUGCCGAAUGAAAUGAAACAAAGCAUUGAUAGUGCGUCUUUUCAUGAACAACAUUAUGAUUUAUUGAAACCAGCUCUGAAAAAUGAUCAAGAAUUUAUUAUUAAGUCACAUUGGAAUCAAGUUGAAAAUGAUUUUCACCUGGUUGAUGAAUUAUCAACAUCGUCGUUAUCACGAAAAGCUUCAAAAACUGUUGUCAGUAAUCAUGAAGAUAAUCUCGAUAAUGUAUUCAUCGAAAACGACGAUGUUGAACACAAAUUGUGUGAAUUAUAUAACUCAAUGAGAAAGACUAUAAGUUAUUUGUUUAAACGAAUAGAGGAUAUCAAUCUAAAGAUGAAAAUCAUUGAAAAUCAUAUCAAUGAUGGUAAAUUAACUGAAAAAUUAAUGCAUACUAAAGAAAGAGAAUACUUAUCUGAUCGCGAAAAACGAUUAUUUAUUGAAAUAUUGAAUGAAAAAUACGAUGAAAAUGAACAUACAAUCAAUAAUAAUUCAAUAGCGAAGGGUGUAUCAAACCUCAUUCAUAAAAACUUUGGAAAAUGUGACCUAUCAUUUCUGACACCACAUGAUGGAUUUGAAGAACGAUGGUUAAGUUUGAACAAAUUAUCAGAAUUAUAUCAGCAAAUGAAACAAUCAAAUUUGGAAUCCAGUUAUCAGUGUAUAUUAUCAUUGAAUUCUCGACAGUGUGAUGAAUUAACAUCGUUUCUGCAAAAACCACAUGCCACAACCAAAGUAGGAUGCAUCAGUGACCAGAAAAAUUCAGAUGACUGUGAAUCUCAAAUAGUGAAAGAACCGAUGAAUGAAAUAAAAAAUUCAAUGUUUCAUUUCUUAAUAGCAGAUAAUAAUCUACCAGGAGAUAUUCAUAUAUCCCAUAAAAAUUCCAUUUAUGAUUAUACUAAUUCCGAAAACGAUUAUGUACAGAAGAAAACUUCGCAUUCUAAACGGCAACAAGGGACACCGAUGAGCAAUGAAAAAACAAAGACGACAACAGAUCACAUCACAACAAACGUCGGUAUCUUUCAAAAUAAUAACCAAAGUGUACAAAAGAAUAAUAAUCAGUAUCCGAAUGUACAGAAUGGAAGUGACCGGGGAAGGUCAUCUGACUCUGAGGGUAGAAUGGUCGAUGAAAGUUUCAAUGAAAUAGAAGAAAUACCACUGGAUCGUGUAGCAGUAGAUGAUAAUGGAUCCAGGGCUAGUGGAAGAAGAUCUGUUGAAAAUGCUACUGAUGAGCAUCGGAAUGUACAGAAUGGAAGUGACCGGGGAAGGUCAUCUGACUCUGAGGGUAGAAUGGUCGAUGAAAGUUUCAAUGAAAUAGAAGAAAUACCACUGGAUCGUGUAGCAGUAGAUGAUAAUGGAUCCAGGGCUAGUGGAAGAAGAUCUGUUGAAAAUGCUACUGAUGAGCAUCGGAAUGUACAGAAUGGAAGUGACCGGGGAAGGUCAUCUGACUCUGAGGGUAGAAUGGUCGAUGAAAGUUUCAAUGAAAUAGAAGAAAUACCACUGGAUCGUGUAGCAGUAGAUGAUAAUGGAUCCAGGGCUAGUGGAAGAAGAUCUGUUGAAAAUGCUACUGAUGAGCAUCGGAAUGUACAGAAUGGAAGUGACCGGGGAAGGUCAUCUGACUCUGAGGGUAGAAUGGUCGAUGAAAGUUUCAAUGAAAUAGAAGAAAUACCACUGGAUCGUGUAGCAGUAGAUGAUAAUGGAUCCAGGGCUAGUGGAAGAAGAUCUGUUGAAAAUGCUACUGAUGAGCAUCGGAAUGUACAGAAUGGAAGUGACCGGGGAAGGUCAUCUGACUCUGAGGGUAGAAUGGUCGAUGAAAGUUUCAAUGAAAUAGAAGAAAUACCACUGGAUCGUGUAGCAGUAGAUGAUAAUGGAUCCAGGGCUAGUGGAAGAAGAUCUGUUGAAAAUGCUACUGAUGAGCAUCGGAAUGUACAGAAUGGAAGUGACCGGGGAAGGUCAUCUGACUCUGAGGGUAGAAUGGUCGAUGAAAGUUUCAAUGAAAUAGAAGAAAUACCACUGGAUCGUGUAGCAGUAGAUGAUAAUGGAUCCAGGGCUAGUGGAAGAAGAUCUGUUGAAAAUGCUACUGAUGAGCAUCGGAAUGUACAGAAUGGAAGUGACCGGGGAAGGUCAUCUGACUCUGAGGGUAGAAUGGUCGAUGAAAGUUUCAAUGAAAUAGAAGAAAUACCACUGGAUCGUGUAGCAGUAGAUGAUAAUGGAUCCAGGGCUAGUGGAAGAAGAUCUGUUGAAAAUGCUACUGAUGAGCAUCGGAAUGUACAGAAUGGAAGUGACCGGGGAAGGUCAUCUGACUCUGAGGGUAGAAUGGUCGAUGAAAGUUUCAAUGAAAUAGAAGAAAUACCACUGGAUCGUGUAGCAGUAGAUGAUAAUGGAUCCAGGGCUAGUGGAAGAAGAUCUGUUGAAAAUGCUACUGAUGAGCAUCGGAAUGUACAGAAUGGAAGUGACCGGGGAAGGUCAUCUGACUCUGAGGGUAGAAUGGUCGAUGAAAGUUUCAAUGAAAUAGAAGAAAUACCACUGGAUCGUGUAGCAGUAGAUGAUAAUGGAUCCAGGGCUAGUGGAAGAAGAUCUGUUGAAAAUGCUACUGAUGAGCAUCGGAAUGUACAGAAUGGAAGUGACCGGGGAAGGUCAUCUGACUCUGAGGGUAGAAUGGUCGAUGAAAGUUUCAAUGAAAUAGAAGAAAUACCACUGGAUCGUGUAGCAGUAGAUGAUAAUGGAUCCAGGGCUAGUGGAAGAAGAUCUGUUGAAAAUGCUACUGAUGAGCAUCGGAAUGUACAGAAUGGAAGUGACCGGGGAAGGUCAUCUGACUCUGAGGGUAGAAUGGUCGAUGAAAGUUUCAAUGAAAUAGAAGAAAUACCACUGGAUCGUGUAGCAGUAGAUGAUAAUGGAUCCAGGGCUAGUGGAAGAAGAUCUGUUGAAAAUGCUACUGAUGAGCAUCGGAAUGUACAGAAUGGAAGUGACCGGGGAAGGUCAUCUGACUCUGAGGGUAGAAUGGUCGAUGAAAGUUUCAAUGAAAUAGAAGAAAUACCACUGGAUCGUGUAGCAGUAGAUGAUAAUGGAUCCAGGGCUAGUGGAAGAAGAUCUGUUGAAAAUGCUACUGAUGAGCAUCGGAAUGUACAGAAUGGAAGUGACCGGGGAAGGUCAUCUGACUCUGAGGGUAGAAUGGUCGAUGAAAGUUUCAAUGAAAUAGAAGAAAUACCACUGGAUCGUGUAGCAGUAGAUGAUAAUGGAUCCAGGGCUAGUGGAAGAAGAUCUGUUGAAAAUGCUACUGAUGAGCAUCGGAAUGUACAGAAUGGAAGUGACCGGGGAAGGUCAUCUGACUCUGAGGGUAGAAUGGUCGAUGAAAGUUUCAAUGAAAUAGAAGAAAUACCACUGGAUCGUGUAGCAGUAGAUGAUAAUGGAUCCAGGGCUAGUGGAAGAAGAUCUGUUGAAAAUGCUACUGAUGAGCAUCGGAAUGUACAGAAUGGAAGUGACCGGGGAAGGUCAUCUGACUCUGAGGGUAGAAUGGUCGAUGAAAGUUUCAAUGAAAUAGAAGAAAUACCACUGGAUCGUGUAGCAGUAGAUGAUAAUGGAUCCAGGGCUAGUGGAAGAAGAUCUGUUGAAAAUGCUACUGAUGAGCAUCGGAAUGUACAGAAUGGAAGUGACCGGGGAAGGUCAUCUGACUCUGAGGGUAGAAUGGUCGAUGAAAGUUUCAAUGAAAUAGAAGAAAUACCACUGGAUCGUGUAGCAGUAGAUGAUAAUGGAUCCAGGGCUAGUGGAAGAAGAUCUGUUGAAAAUGCUACUGAUGAGCAUCGGAAUGUACAGAAUGGAAGUGACCGGGGAAGGUCAUCUGACUCUGAGGGUAGAAUGGUCGAUGAAAGUUUCAAUGAAAUAGAAGAAAUACCACUGGAUCGUGUAGCAGUAGAUGAUAAUGGAUCCAGGGCUAGUGGAAGAAGAUCUGUUGAAAAUGCUACUGAUGAGCAUCGGAAUGUACAGAAUGGAAGUGACCGGGGAAGGUCAUCUGACUCUGAGGGUAGAAUGGUCGAUGAAAGUUUCAAUGAAAUAGAAGAAAUACCACUGGAUCGUGUAGCAGUAGAUGAUAAUGGAUCCAGGGCUAGUGGAAGAAGAUCUGUUGAAAAUGCUACUGAUGAGCAUCGGAAUGUACAGAAUGGAAGUGACCGGGGAAGGUCAUCUGACUCUGAGGGUAGAAUGGUCGAUGAAAGUUUCAAUGAAAUAGAAGAAAUACCACUGGAUCGUGUAGCAGUAGAUGAUAAUGGAUCCAGGGCUAGUGGAAGAAGAUCUGUUGAAAAUGCUACUGAUGAGCAUCGGAAUGUACAGAAUGGAAGUGACCGGGGAAGGUCAUCUGACUCUGAGGGUAGAAUGGUCGAUGAAAGUUUCAAUGAAAUAGAAGAAAUACCACUGGAUCGUGUAGCAGUAGAUGAUAAUGGAUCCAGGGCUAGUGGAAGAAGAUCUGUUGAAAAUGCUACUGAUGAGCAUCGGAAUGUACAGAAUGGAAGUGACCGGGGAAGGUCAUCUGACUCUGAGGGUAGAAUGGUCGAUGAAAGUUUCAAUGAAAUAGAAGAAAUACCACUGGAUCGUGUAGCAGUAGAUGAUAAUGGAUCCAGGGCUAGUGGAAGAAGAUCUGUUGAAAAUGCUACUGAUGAGCAUCGGAAUGUACAGAAUGGAAGUGACCGGGGAAGGUCAUCUGACUCUGAGGGUAGAAUGGUCGAUGAAAGUUUCAAUGAAAUAGAAGAAAUACCACUGGAUCGUGUAGCAGUAGAUGAUAAUGGAUCCAGGGCUAGUGGAAGAAGAUCUGUUGAAAAUGCUACUGAUGAGCAUCGGAAUGUACAGAAUGGAAGUGACCGGGGAAGGUCAUCUGACUCUGAGGGUAGAAUGGUCGAUGAAAGUUUCAAUGAAAUAGAAGAAAUACCACUGGAUCGUGUAGCAGUAGAUGAUAAUGGAUCCAGGGCUAGUGGAAGAAGAUCUGUUGAAAAUGCUACUGAUGAGCAUCGGAAUGUACAGAAUGGAAGUGACCGGGGAAGGUCAUCUGACUCUGAGGGUAGAAUGGUCGAUGAAAGUUUCAAUGAAAUAGAAGAAAUACCACUGGAUCGUGUAGCAGUAGAUGAUAAUGGAUCCAGGGCUAGUGGAAGAAGAUCUGUUGAAAAUGCUACUGAUGAGCAUCGGAAUGUACAGAAUGGAAGUGACCGGGGAAGGUCAUCUGACUCUGAGGGUAGAAUGGUCGAUGAAAGUUUCAAUGAAAUAGAAGAAAUACCACUGGAUCGUGUAGCAGUAGAUGAUAAUGGAUCCAGGGCUAGUGGAAGAAGAUCUGUUGAAAAUGCUACUGAUGAGCAUCGGAAUGUACAGAAUGGAAGUGACCGGGGAAGGUCAUCUGACUCUGAGGGUAGAAUGGUCGAUGAAAGUUUCAAUGAAAUAGAAGAAAUACCACUGGAUCGUGUAGCAGUAGAUGAUAAUGGAUCCAGGGCUAGUGGAAGAAGAUCUGUUGAAAAUGCUACUGAUGAGCAUCGGAAUGUACAGAAUGGAAGUGACCGGGGAAGGUCAUCUGACUCUGAGGGUAGAAUGGUCGAUGAAAGUUUCAAUGAAAUAGAAGAAAUACCACUGGAUCGUGUAGCAGUAGAUGAUAAUGGAUCCAGGGCUAGUGGAAGAAGAUCUGUUGAAAAUGCUACUGAUGAGCAUCGGAAUGUACAGAAUGGAAGUGACCGGGGAAGGUCAUCUGACUCUGAGGGUAGAAUGGUCGAUGAAAGUUUCAAUGAAAUAGAAGAAAUACCACUGGAUCGUGUAGCAGUAGAUGAUAAUGGAUCCAGGGCUAGUGGAAGAAGAUCUGUUGAAAAUGCUACUGAUGAGCAUCGGAAUGUACAGAAUGGGAAGUGA